CCUGGGGCUCUUCCAUCCGCGCCCCGCCUGGGGCGGGGGCGUCGCGAUGAAGCGGGACAAGCUCAAGGUGGGCCCCAGUGGAGCAGAUCGUGCCCCGGACCCGGCUUACCCUACGGGCCGGCCUGGCCAACUCCAACGUCACCUCCAGAGCGGCGAGUUCGACCAGCUGCGGGACUUCACCAUCUUUGAGAGCAACUUCGUGCAGGUCACCCGGUUAGGAGAAGUCGCCAACAAGGUCACCAUGGGAGUGGCAGCUUCCAGCCCAGCCCUGGAACUCCCAGACCUGUUACUGCUCGCCGGCCCCACCAAGGAGAAUGGAAACCUACAGCUCUUUGGGCUGUUCCCCUUGCAGUUCGUCCAGCUCUUCGUGCACGACGAGUGCCGCCGGCAGCUCAAGGUCAAGUUCCCCACGGGCCGCACCUUCUACCUGCAGCUGCGGGCCGCGCCCGAGACCCGCGACCGGGAGUUCGGCCAGUGGGUGCGGCUGCUCUACCGCCUGCGCUUCCACUCGGCGCAGGGGGCCGUGCCCUUCUUCCACGAGGACGCUCCGGACGACGACUACGACUACGAGGACGAGGAGGACGACAGUGACGCAGGGGAGGAGGGGGACGAGGACGAGGAGGAGCUGGUGAAGGCCGGAGAGGAGGGGGAACAGACGCCGGCUGUGGAGGCCAGACUCGACCCCCAGGUCUCAGAACUCUGGGGGCUCUGA